GAAAUUCAGGGCUAAAUGUAAUAAAGGGAAACUGUAAUCGGGCAUGUUGAGGCAUGCCUUUGCAGACCCCUUCCUCCCAGGAUAGACGAGAGAGUUGGGGGCGGGGCGGGAAUUUGAGAUCUUCUGGUCCACAGUGUUGAGACCUUGUGUCAGAAAAUGGGGAAUGGACUUGAAAAGAAAACAGGAGAUGCUAAGGGCUAACUGGGCCUCACAGAACCAGAGAUAUCAAUUCUCAUGGCCAAAAUGGAGUCGGGGUUUGGGAUUAUCCCUGACUCCACUACAGGAAUGCCUUCUGCCAUCUGUUGCACGGCAUGGUGCCAUUAUUUGUUUCCUCAGUCACGAGGAGGAAGACCUAACCGUGUUGGUGAGUCCAGAGAAACCAGUUCGACGGGGCCUUUCCCACCGGAGUAACCCGAACGCAGCAGCUCCCGCCCUCCAGGCUGUGAGGUUCAGCUUGGGCCCGCUCAGCCCAGAAAAGUUAGAGGAAAUCCUUGAUGAAGCCAACCGCCUGGCAGCUCAGCUAGAGGAGUGUGCCCUGCAAGAUCUGGACAGUGCAGGUGCAGGCCCUGGGAGGCCCAGCCCCAGAGGGAAGCCCAGCCCUCGGCGGGAGACCUUCGUCCUGAAGGACAGCCCUGUCCGAGAUCUGCUGCCCACUGUGAACUCUUGGAGCACCUCAUCCCCAAGCAGCCUGACUGGACUCCGGAGCGGUGAUAAAAAGGGGUCAGCCAGGGCUAUUCGGGUGGCAGCUGGGAAGAAGCCCCCCAGCAUUAAGAAGGAAUCACCCACCCGCAAUCUGUUCACCACAUCCAAAAGCCCAGGGCUCUCUCCUCUCGCACAAUCAACCCUUCCAGCCCGACGGAAAGCCGGUGUGCCCAGUGCGCGGACAACAGCAAGCCCACCCACCCCCGUGAGACCAGUCCUCGCUCCACAACCCUCAGCCAGCCACUCGCAGUGUUCAUCCCGGGUACCGAGAGCAGCUAAAUCUUCCGGUCGACUCCCCGCCCCCUCAGCCAUCCCCAGGCCCGCUGCCCGAUUGCCACUAACUAGCCAGCGGGUACCACCCAGCAAAGGCGUGCUAUCUCCAGAUUCUAUCUCAGCUCGGAAAGGGCUUCCAAGUGCUGGAGGGCACAGAGCUCCUGUUUCCCAGCGAACAAAUCUUCCAACCACCAGUGCCGCUCGGGGCAGGGCACAGCCCCUCAGGAAAGCUGCAGUCUCUGGACCUACUAGGUAAGACUGGUCCCUCUGCCCUCAUCACCUAGGCUUCCAAGCUGCUGUGCACAGCAUCCUUGAGUU